AUGCCCUCCUGGGCCCUCUUCAUGGUCACCUCCUGCCUCCUCCUGGCCCCCCAAAACCUGGCACAAGUCACCAGUCAAGAUGUCUCCUUGCUGGCCUUGGACACAGAGCUCCUGAACUGUUUCUCCCAAACAUUCGAGGACCUCACUUGCUUCUGGGAUGAGGAAGAGGAAGUGCCCAGCGGGACAUACCAGUUGCUGUAUGCUUACCCAGGGCAAACACCCCGAUCCUGCCCACUGAGUUCCGAGAGCGUGCCCCCCUUUGGAAUCCGGUACACAUGUCAGUUUCCAGCACCAGAUGAUGUACGCCUCUUUUUCCCCCUGCACCUCUGGGUGAAGAACGUAUUCCUGAACCAGGUUCUGACCCAGCGGGUGGUCUUUGUGGAUACUGUGGGCCUGCCAGCUCCCCCCAGUAUCAUCAAGGCCAUAGGUGGGAGCCAGCCAGGGGAACUUCAGAUCAGCUGGCAGGCCCCAGUUGCCGAAUUCAGUGAGUUCCUGAGAUACGAACUCCGCUAUGGCCCCAAGGAUCCCAGGAACUCUACUGGUCCCACGGUCAGGCAGCUGCUCUCCACAGACACCUGCUGUCCAGCUCUGCAGAGACCAGGCCCGGCACCAGCUCUGGAACAGCCUCCAUGUGCGUGGCCCACAAGACCCCAACAGGAUGGAUCAGAACAGACCUCCCCAACUAGAGAAGCUCCAUCUCUGAAAAAGAAGGUUGGACGCUGCUUCAUAUCAGGGCUUCAGCCUGGUCAUUCCUACUGGCUCCAGCUACGCAGCCAGCCUGAUGGGGUCUCCUUCCAUGGCUCUUGGGGAUCCUGGUCCUUCCCUGUAGCUGUGGAUCUAGCCAAGGAUGCAGUGGAAAUUGGACUGCAGUGCGUCACACUGGACCUGGAGAAUGUUACUUGUCAGUGGCAGCAACAGGACUAUGCCAGCUCACAAGGUUUCUUCUACCACAGCAGGGCCCGAUGCUGCCAUAGCAACAGGGACCCCAUCUGGGAGAAGUGUGAAGAGGAGACAACAAAUCCGGGAUUGCGGCCUCCUCAGCUCUCCCGCUGCCACUUCAAGUCACAAAAUGACAGUGUCAUUCAUAUCCUUGUGGAAGUAACCACGGAACAGGGUACUAUUCAUAACUACCUGGGCUCCCCUUUCUGGAUCCACCAGGCUGUGCUCAUCCCCACCCCAAACUUGCACUGGAGAGAGGUCGCCAGCGGGCAACUGAAACUGGAGUGGCAGCACCCAUCAACCUGGGCAGCCCAAGAGACCUGCUAUCAGCUCCGAUACACUGGGGAAGGCCAUCAGGACUGGAAGGUACUGGAAUCCUCUCUGGGGGCCCAGGGAUCAACUUUGGAGCUACGCCCGCGAUCUCGCUACCGGUUACAAUUGCGUGCCCGGCUCAACGGCCCCACCUACCAAGGUCCUUGGAGUGCCUGGUCAGAGCCCGUGCGGGUGGAGACAGCCUCCGAGAUGGCCUGGAUCUCCUUGGUGACAGCUCUGCUCCUGGUGCUGGGCCUCAGCGCCCUUCUAGGCCUGCUCCUGCUGAGGUGGCAGUUCCCUGCGCACUACAGGAGCCUGAGGCAUGCCCUGUGGCCCUCACUGCCAGACCUGCACCGGGUCCUAGGCCAGUACCUUAGGGAGGCUGCAGUACUGAGUCCACCCAAGGCUCAAGUCUCAGAAGCCUAUGAAGAAGUGGAACCCAGCCUCCUUGAAAUUCUACCAAAGUCUUCCGAAAGGACUUCCUUGCCCCUAUGUUCCUCCCAGGCCCAGAUGGACUACCGAGGGCUGCAGCCUUCUUGCCUGGGGACCAUGCCCUUGUCAGUACCCCCACCCAUGGCUGAUUCGGGGUCCUGCUGCACCACCCACAUCGCCAACCAUUCCUACUUGCCACUAAGCUGUUGGCAGCAGCCCUGA